UUUCUCUUGUUGUUACUUUGUUAUUUUCACUCUUAAUUGAUUAGCUUUUUUUUUCUCUCUCUCUCUCUCUUUGUUAGUUUUUCUUUUUUUUAUCUCUGAUUUCUGUGUGUGUGUGUUUCCUAUUGUUGAGUUUUAUGUUUUCUACUUAAUCAUGUCUGGUCAUUAUCUUCCUGCUGGAUUUGAAUCUUACAAAAGAAAAGAUUAUUUCGAAUCGGAUGGUGAUUCAGACGAUGGUUUGAAUGAUAUUGUCUAUCCAACACUUCCACCGGUGAUAAAAGUGAGCCCAGUUACAGAAGAAUCAAAGGUUGUUCAAAAUUCUCCCUCUACAAGUGACAAUUUAGAUGGUAAUCAAAGUAAAUCUCCAUCAACUGAAGGUGAAUUAGAAGAAGAGAAUAAUCGGUCUAAAAGAGAAUAUUCUGUUAACCGGUAUGAUCCGGAAAAUGGUGAUAAAAGUGAAGAGAAUGGUAAUGACCAAAAAGAGAAACAAGUUAAAGAAAAUGAGAAAAAUGAUAAAGAUUUUCAAAUCUCUUGGUUCAACGAUGAUCCACCGACAAGUUCAACUAAUAGUUUAUCACCUGAUCCAUCUCAGAACCGGGAGACUCGAAGUCCAUCCCCUGGAAUGUUACUCAUGGAAGAUGUUAGAUUGGCAACAAUUAACGGAGAUUUGGACUAUAUUAAGCAACAAAUGUCCAUUGAUCAUGGUUUCUUCAUAGAUACAGUCUUGAAAAAUGGUUGGACCAUCUUAAUGUUUGCCUGUGAUUUUGGGUUUACUCAUAUUGUUCAAUAUUGUCUUGAUCUAAACUCUGAUCCCAAUUUUCACUUUGAUGGAUUUACUCCUCUAAUGGCGGCUUGCCAGAGUUUUUAUGCUGAUGAAGAUAAAGUUCUGUCAAUUGUUGAACUUUUAAUCAAAUCAGGGGCCAUGGUUGAUUCCAAAGAUUUAUCAAGUAAAACCGCUUUAAUGUAUGCCUGUGAAACGGGUAAAUCGGAGGUCGCAUUAUAUUUGGUUGAAAGUGGAGCUAAUUUAUCAUUGAAAGAUAAUAAACAUUGGACUUGUUUACAUUUUGCUGCUCGAAGAGGUUUUGGUCCAGUUGUACGGAAUAUGAUUGAUUAUGGAGCAAAACUUAACGUUUACAAUAACAAGGGUGAAUCUCCUGCUGAUCUUGCAUUCGAAUCAGGAUUCCAUGAGCUUGGUACUUUAAUGGAACGAUUGAAAGCUAAGGAGCCCAUUUCAAUCGAAGAGGAGGGAAUUCUCAUGAAAUCGGAAGGAAAGAAAACUACAGAAAAAUCUUAUGAAACUUAUUAUUUGACUGAUAUGCAAUAUUUUCUAAAAGAACUUGGACUUUAUCAUUUGGAUAAUUUUUUUGUAGAACAGAAAAUACAAUAUUCUGAUCUGAUUUGUUUCAAUGAAAAUGAUUUCGACGAACUGCCCAUAAGAAAUUAUGGAGAAAAACUCAAACUAUGGGAAGGAAUCAAAAAAGUUCAUAAGAGAAACUGGCAACCAUCUCGAAUCUCGUAUCUAAAGCGAAAAUCUCAAAUCAGUUGCAUUGAAGCUCAUGUUAUCAUGUGUAAUAUUUCAAAUCAUCUGCAUUUCAUGAAUAAAACCUUCCAAUAUUUACGGAAUCAUCUUGCUAAUGAUCCAGAAUUCAUCAAAAGAGGAGUUGAAAAGACAAAUGUUCAUAAGCUUUAUGACCAAGCCAAAAGGACCCUUGAAGACGGAGGAAUAUCACUUAACACCCUCAAGUCGUUUAUUCAAGAGAUGGAUAAGAAAGCCCUAAUAUCUAAUGGUUGUGAUAAUAAUACAAAAAAGAAUCAAUCUAAUGGUAAAAAUCAAUCGAUGCAACUUCAACUCAAUCCACCCAAAAAUCAGUGUCUUACCAAAAAGUAGCCAUGAUCACCUCUGGACUAUUGGGAAUCGGUGCCUUAGUUUAUUUCCAAAGAGACUCAAUAACCUCUUUCCUGCCAAAGAAGUGAAUUUCCUAGCAUUCCCAGAUAAUCAAAUUAAAUUUAGUUAUCUUUAAUUUCAUGUUUACAGAUAAUAGUUAUUAUCACUUAUUUUUUAUCAUUCUCAUUAUGAAUCAACUUUGAUGCUCAAUCACUUAAUUGUAAUGAACAUAAAAUAUAUAUACCAAUGUAUAUAUAUAAACAAAUUAACUAAACCAAAAAGACAAAACAAUCAACGAAUUGUUUAAUUAUUACAUGUAACUAUAUUUUUGUUUCUUUCAUUGAUAAAUUAUCAACAAUUAAUGAUUAAAAACAAACUAAUUGUUGACAUUGUAUUUAAAGUUUUGCUCUUGCACGUUAAUCCUAA